UCCUCUUCCCACAGUUUGACAUGCAGAGGAUAACACUGGAGGAGCUGAAGCACAUCCUGUACCAUGCCUUCCGUGACCACCUAACGAUGAAGGACAUUGAGAACAUCAUCAUCAACGAAGAGGAGAGUCUAAAUGAAAACUCUGGCAACUGCCAAACAGAGUUUGAAGGGGUGCAUUCCCAGAAGCAGAACCGCCAGACCUGCGUGCGGAAGAGCCUUAUCUGCGCCUUCGCCAUGGCCUUCAUCAUCAGCGUGAUGUUGAUCGCAGCCAACCAGAUCCUGCGCAGCGGCAUGGAGUAG